AAUCUGUCCAUCUUUGAAGAGAGACCAAUUCCAUUUGGGUCCGCGCAACUCCCGAGAUAUCCACCAUCUCAAUCUAUCCCCAUUCCCCAGCCAAUGGACCGAGGGUCAAGGCUGCGAUGAGAACCUUCCGCUCCUCGCUCCGCGCGCCGCUCCGGCCGGUCUUUCAGCAGACCCGACAUUUCCACCCCACGAAUUCCAGACCGUUUGUUCAAGAGGUGCUGGAGGUCUCCUCGGGUUUUGUUCAUGGGGUCCAUACAUAUAGCUGCCUUCCAUGGGCCCUGUCAAUCCCAUUGACUGCGCUCAUCGUCCGGACGACCGUCGCUCUGCCAUUGCAAAUAUACACCAAGGUCCAAGCUCGUAGACAGCGAGACCUCAUGCCUCUCCUCGAUUCCUGGCGAAGGUACUACCAGAGUGAAAUCAAUGCGGGUAUCUGGAAAACUUCUGCAAAGCCAGUCCCCCCCGCAGAGGCGAGCCGGCACCUCAAAACCAAGUUAGCUGGCAAAACGCGGGCCCUGUACCGACGCUGGAAUGUGGCCCGGUUCUGGGCACCUCUCCCCUUUCUACAGGUUCCAGUUUGGCUAUGCGUCAUGGAGAGCCUUCGGGAAAUUUCUGGUAGUACUCGUGGCCUGGUACCCUACCUCCUCUCGCUUAUGCAGAGCACUCCUUCGGAAACAGGGAGCUAUGGGCCCUCGGCUGUCGAGCCGUCGCUGGCGACGGAAGGCGCCCUUUGGUUUCCCGAUCUACUCGCCGGGGAUCCCACAGGGAUCUUGCCCUUAACGCUGACCCUGUCUAUCCUGUUGAACGUUCGAACCGGCUGGAAGUCGCCGAAGAUGUCUGACAUCUCGGAUCUACCUAAAGUGGAGCGAGGGCGGCUUCUGUCGAUGAAGCUGCUGAAAGGAUUCGUUCAGGUUCUCGCACUGAACAUCGGUGCCUCAUCCUAUAUGCAUGCGAUGCCGUCUGCGCUCAUGAUAUACUGGAUCACCAGUACAAAUAUCGCGACUCUUCAGACCGCUCUUAUGGACAAAUACAUGUUUGCCAAACCACCGCUCAAGCGCUGGAAAGAGAUGCAUAUCUCAUAUACCGAACCCGAACAGAAGCCGUCACCCAGCAAGAAAUGAAUGAUUAUCCAGCGCUUUAUGUUGACAGGGGCCUUUUGUACAUUAUAACUUCG